UCCUUGGGUCGUGAACGAGAGAGCGCGAAUAAAAAACUCGCAUUGCUCUAUCAUCAAAGAGCUGGCUCACUGAGGAGAAAGGCUGUGUGUCUCUUGUCCAGGGAUUAGGAUUAGGAUGCUCGCUGUCGCGAAAUUGAGAGAUUGAUACAAUGCGCUCCUAGAUCAUCGCUCCCGAUCGGUCAAAGAGGGGACACAGGUGAGCUGUGGGCUUCUCGAGGCAGGAAUUUCCACUGGAUUUGGAGGAAUCGCGGCCGAGGCCAGGAAGAGAUUGAUAGGGAGGAAUAAUGUCCGCCUCAGCAGCAGGGGCUGAUCAGGGUAGCAGCGCCAAUGGGAUCAUGAAAUCCUUCAGCAAGAACAGCAUCCGGCGCGGCUUCUUCCCAGAAGGUGCUUUUAACGUUCGCGUAGCUAGCGACCCAGCCGCUAUGGCGAGGCACCAACAGCAUUUGGACGACAGCGAUGACGCCACGCCGGUUCUCGAGGUCGCUCUACCGUCCGAUCAACACCACCACUCUCCUCCCUCGGCCUCCAAGAAGCCCACCUCUUCCACGACCUCUUCCUCCUCCUCCUCCUCCUCCUCCAGGGCUCUCUUCACAUUUCCAUCCAAAUGGGACGACGCCGAGAAGUGGCUCAAAUCCUCCGCCAAGAAAUCCGGCAAGAGGCAGCAGAUUCACGGAUUCAAGAAGCUCCACCAGCAGCCGCAAGGCGGCGGCGAUCGCGAGCUGGAGAGCAGCGAUCUCAUCCAGGGAGACCGCGUCGAGGAGCUCGAGGAGGACGAGGACGAGGAGGGAGAAUCCGAGGACCGGGAGAAGAAGAUGAUGAUCGAUUCGUCGUCCACUUCUUCUUCCAUGGCCGCCGGCGUCGUGGGAUCGAGAUUUAGCUUCCCCAUGGUGAAGAGCGAUGGCGGCAAGGCGCUGGAGGCGACGAUCUGCGAGGCGGUCAAGAACCAGCAGCUGCGCAUCCAGAAGCCUUUCACGGAUCCAACAGAGGCUACCAGCGGCUUCGAUUUCAAGCAAGAUCCCCACCAGCCGCCCAAGAGCCCGACGUCUCUGUACGAGAGCGUGGCGUGCAUCGCUCCAGGGCCUCGAUCCAUCUCCAUGCGCGACAUGGGCACGGAGAUGACCCCAAUCGCGAGCCAGGAGCCGUCAAGAACAGCGACGCCGAUGCGCACUCCAAUCAUGACCAGCCCGGGCGUCUCGCCGGGGCGAUUGCGACCAAUCCCUCCACCGCCGCCGCCACCGCCGCCGCCACAGGCAACCACGCCCACCAUGCCACCGAAUUACCGCUCCACCGGCACCGACGCCUCUCCUCCUCCGCCGCUCCCUCCUCCUGGCGAUCAUCUGGACGAGCAGCUCGCAUCGAUUCCAGCGCUUCCAGCGACCCCGGGUGGAGCGACGAUCCACACCACCAGGAACGCUACCAGGCACGAGAUCUUGGUGCUUGGCACGCAACUGGGCAAGAGUAGCAUCGCGGCGUGGGCGACGCGCGAGGAGGAAGAGAACGAUGCGUCCAAAUGCCUCAAGGUGGUGAUCCAGCAGCAGCAGCAGCAAAAUCAAACCGUUGACUCUCUUAGACCGGCCGUUGACCUGGACGAGGUGAGGCGGACCAUGGUUGAAAGCCGCGCGACCGCGUGGGAGGAGGCCGAGCACGCCAAGUACAUGGCGAGGUAUGAGCGCGAGGAGGCUAAGAUUUUGGCGUGGGAGAAUCACCAGAAGGCCAAGGCCGAGGCCGAAUUGAGACGAAUGGAGCUGGCUGGCUGGCUAUGACCGCUGCUGCCGCGCUGCUACUGAUUGAUUCCUCACUUAACGAAUGGGAGUAAUUGCGGCAGGUGAAAAUGGAAUAGAAUAGAACGUAAGGUAAAAACUCUGGUUUUAAUCCGUGACCGGCGCCGACGGUCAGAGCGGUCAGCGCCGGUCCAGUCCCAGUCCACAGUCGCCAGUCCACUCACCACAAUCAGUCAGUCAGCCAGUCCACCAUCAUCAGGCCCUCGCACAUGUCCAUGUUCUAGCAUCAUUCAAGCGAGUGAUUUGCUUGGCUAUUAUAGAGUAUAGUAUCUAUCUAUCACUGGGGAGAUAGAUAGACAGAGCUUCGUUAGCUAGGACUAGAUCUCACUUGGGGGAUUAGCUUUGGCUGGAAUGAUGUGAAUGAUUCUCUUCC